AUGAACGCAUACGCAUCUUGGCUCUCGCCUCUAUCUUCUGGCUUCCCAGUCCCUUCAUUCUCCUCACGCGAUCCCAAGGCCAUCACCUUCAUCCGCAGGUUUGGCGGCUGGAGCUUUGUGCUGGCGAACAGGGCCGAUGCUGAUCACAACCCAACAUCCUACCUCGUCAGCUGCCACGCCCCUUCUGCUCCGUUAGCCACCGGCAAUCCCGCGUCUGCGUAUCCUACUCUGUUCAUCUCCAAUUUCGCUGCAGACUAA